AGAGAGAGAGUUAGAGAUUACUUACAAGACUCACAAGAUGGAGAACAAUCAACAGUCGUUUUGGCAGUUCAGUGAUCAGCUCCGGCUGCAAUCGAAUAACUUAGCUAAUCUCUCAAUCAACGACAGCAUAUGGGGAAACUCUUUCACGACGAAGAGGCCCGAAGAAAGGAGGAAUUUUGAUAUCAGGGUCGGUGGUGAUCGAUCAGAGUCUACCAACACCAACGAUUUAAAGCCGAGUAAUGGGUCGGAUUUUAAUGGUUAUGGCUGGAAGAUGGGAAGAGGGUCGGACUUUAAUGGGGUCAAUGAUGGCUGGAAGGUCGGUGGUGGAUUUGAUGGAGUUUUGAAGAACGUCGGUGUAAAUGGCUACUUCGAUAAGGGGAUUUAUCCAAAGCCUGUCAUAGACAACAACAACAACAACAACAAUAAUGGCAGAUUCAACAUCAAUCCUAACAGUAGCAGCGGCAGCAAAGGUAAGGGAAUCAAUAACAGCAUCAUCAAGAAAGAAGAUGAUCACGAGACCAAAAGUGGAAAGAAAAGUAACAACAACAAUAAUACCAAUAGCAGCAGCAAGAACAGUGCAGACAAGAGAUUUAAAACGCUUCCACCAUCGGAGUCUCUGCCUCGUAACGAGACCAUUGGUGGUUAUAUCUUUGUCUGCAACAACGAUACUAUGCAGGAAAAUCUCAGAAGACUGCUUUUUGGUCUUCCUCCUCGAUACCGAGAUUCAGUGCGAGCUAUAACCCCUGGAUUGCCCCUCUUCCUGUACAACUACUCCACUCACCAAAUGCAUGGAAUCUUUGAGGCUGCGAGCUUUGGAGGAACUAAUAUCGAUCCAACUGCUUGGGAGGACAAGAAGUGUCCUGGAGAAUCGCGUUUCCCUGCUCAGGUACGGGUGUUUACAAGAAAGAACUGUAAUCCACUUGAGGAAGAUGCAUUCAGGCCGAUCCUCCAUCACUACGACGGCCCCAAGUUCCGCUUAGAACUCAGUGUGCCUGAGGCAAUUGGGCUCUUGGAUAUUUUUGCAGAGAACAAUCCUUGAAUGAGAAGCCGAUAGACAGUACAGAGUACAGAUACCUAUGAAGAUACAAGUAUAUGAAGAA